AUGUCCACGGGCUCCGGGAGCGAGGCGGAGGAGCUUCCCGAGAUGGACCUGCGGGCGCUGCAGCUGGACUACCCGCCGCCGCCGGCCAAGCGCCAGCCCCGCGGCGAGCUCUACCCCUCGGGGGACAACUCCUCGGCGGCGGAGGAGGAGGAGGAGGAGGAGGAAGAGGAGGAGGAGGAGGAGGACGGCGAGGGCAGCUGCGCGGCGGGGCCGGCGGGCAGCGGCUGCAAGAGGAAGCGGGCGCGGGGCGGCGGCCCCGGGGGCAAGAAGGCGGCGUCGGGGCCGCGGGGGCCGCCGCCCGAGGGGAAGCAGUCCCAGCGCAACGCGGCCAACGCGCGGGAGCGGGCGCGGAUGCGGGUGCUGAGCAAGGCGUUCUCCCGGCUGAAGACGAGCCUGCCCUGGGUGCCGCCCGACACCAAGCUCUCCAAGCUGGACACGCUGCGCCUGGCGUCCAGCUACAUCGCCCACCUCCGGCAGCUCCUGCAGGAGGACCGCUACGAGAACGGCUACGUCCACCCCGUCAACCUGACUUGGCCAUUUGUGGUUUCAGGAAGACCCGACUCUGACACCAAAGAAGUUUCUACUGCCAGCAGAUUAUGUGGAACUACCGCAUAGUCAAAGUAAAUUGUUUUUUUUGUUGUUGUUGUUGUUGUUGAUCUCUUUUUUUUUAUGGGCUGGAUAUUUUUAAGAGCUGUGAUUUAUCGGCUCAAGACUAGAAGAUGGGGACAAACCCCCAUCUCUAACAGUGUUAAAUCUGUGUCCCCUGUCAUUCUUUUCCCUUAGAGUUCUGAGGGAAGUUUAUUUAAAGCAGUAAAGAAGGGAGGCAGUGGAAAUGAGAGUUUUUAUGAACUGACUGCAGCAGCUGAAGUCUGAGAUUUGGAAAGGCCCUUCUUUGGCUUCGUCAUACUUACCAGUGCCUGAGGACCUGUUGUUCUGAGGCUUUUAAGCUAAUGGAAGAGGAAUAUAAUGAUAUAGAAUUAACAGCAUGGACCAAAAUACAACUCUACAAACUAACCCCAAACAGUGUUAUUUGUAUUCUAAAGCAAAGCAGUAUUUUAGAAUAGCUUUGAAACUCAGAUAGAUUUAUAAUAUAUUUUGAUGGCUUUUGUAUUCAUGGAUCUGGUUUACUGUAACUAUGCAAUAAGUAUAGUCAUACUUUUUUUGUCCUUUUUACCAGUUUUCUUAAAAACGUGUAAGUGGCUACAUUCUGCAUUUAGACUACCAUCCACUGGAAUUAAACUAAUUCCUUUGGUUACGUCUUGAAGUGCCACAUGUAAGAAUGUGGGACUGUCCCUAGAAAUGUGGCAGAGUUUUUGUGCCUUAAUCUGGAAGGGAAUUCUGCUUACCAUAAGGCCAGGGUGCAUGUGUUGUAAAGAAUAAGUUUGUAUGAUGCUGCAAAAUAACAAGAAUUCACAACGUUUUAAACAUUUUUCCUGUGCUGUCAUGCUUAUCUUUGAAAAGUUUACCCUCAAAUGAGUUCUAGUGACAUUUCUUCACUGAUUCAAAUGCUGUAAUAAAAGAGGAUGCCAUCAAAUAAGUUGCAAAUGUAAAUAACUAUUUUUUUAUAAAUGAUAUUAAAAGCUUGGUUACAAUGA